CAUUACUUGCGUAAUCUGCUAUCAUUAACUACAACAUGGCGGCUUUAAAAAGACUUUCUCAUGUCAUGAAGGCAACAACAUCUAAUCUACAAUUUGUUAGAGCCUUACAGACAACUCCAGCAUCAUUCAAUUUGAAGCGGCACCAAGUAACUAUGAUCCCUGGCGAUGGCGUAUUUCCUGAAUUAAUGAAUUAUGUAAAAGAAGCUUGUGAAGCUGCUGGUGCAGGUAUUGAUUGGAGAGUUAUAUGGGCAUCUGAAACUGGAGCAUCUCAAGGUUUCGGAGCUGAUGUUAAAGAAGUUUUGGACUCUUGUCAUGCUACAAAAGUUUGUCUUAAGGGAAUUAUUUCUUCCCCUCAUACCGUUGGAGCCGAGGGCCUACUAGCAACCCUUAAUAUGAGAAUUAGAAGAGGACUAGAUCUUUUUGCGAACGUUGUCCGUGUUAAAUCCGUACCCGGAUUUGAAACUAGGCAUAAAGAUAUCGAUGUUGUCAUCAUUCGGGAGCAAACUGAGGGAGAAUAUUCUGCUUUAGAACAUGAAUCUGUACCAGGAGUCAUAGAAUCACUUAAAAUAAUUACAAAAAAAAACUCUGAAAGAAUCGCUCGAUUUGCUUUUGACUAUGCAACUCGUCACAAUAGAAAGAAGGUCACAGCCGUUCACAAGGCUAACAUUAUGAAACUAGGAGACGGCCUCUUUUUGGAUUGCUGUCAUGAAGUUUCCAAACUUUACCCUCAUAUUGAGUUUGACAAUCUCAUCAUUGACAACUGCUGUAUGCAGUUAGUAUCAAACCCUAACCAAUUUGAUGUUAUGGUUAUGCCCAAUUUAUAUGGCAAUAUUUUGGAUAAUCUGGCCUCUGGUUUGGUUGGAGGAGCAGGUGUUGUUCCAGGAGAGAGUUAUAGCAAAAAAGUCGCUGUGUUUGAGCCUGGAGCAAGACAUGCUUUUGCCGAAGCUGUUGGUAAAAAUUUGGCGAACCCAACAGCUAUUUUAUUAUGUACCUCUAACUUAUUACAUCAUAUUAAUCUGGACAAGUCUGCGCAAGCGAUUCGCAAUAGCGUGGAACACGUUAUCAAAUCAGGAAAAGUACGAACUCAGGAUAUGGGUGGAUAUGCGACAACCUUAGAGUUUAUGACUGCAGUUCUAGCACAGAUCCGCAGAGAAGCAGCAAAUUAA